AUGAAAAAUUAUACAGCAAUAACAAUGUUUAUCCUGGUGGGACUAACAGAUGACCCAAAUCUACAGGUUCUGCUUUUCAUAUUCUUGUUUCUAACCUAUUUGUUGAGUGUUGUUGGAAAUUUGACCAUCAUCACUCUCACCUUGGUGGACUCCCACCUUAAAACACCUAUGUAUUUUUUCCUCCGGAAUUUUUCCAUCUUGGAAGUCUCAUUUACAACUGUCUGCAUUCCCAGAUUUCUCUACACAAUGGCAUCUGGGGACAAUACCAUUACCUAUAAUGCAUGUGCCACUCAAUUAUUUUUUGUUGUUGUCCUGGGUGUGACUGAGUUUUUUCUCCUAACAGCUAUGUCCUAUGACCGUUAUGUAGCCAUCUGCAAACCCCUGCAUUACACGACCAUCAUGAGCAAAAGAGUCUGCAUCAAGUUCCUUAUUGACUGUUACAUAAUUGCUCUAAUCAUUGUUAUCCCACCAUUUGGCAUGGGCUUUGAGCUUGAAUUUUGUGAUUCCAAUGUCAUAGAUCACUUUGGCUGUGAUGCUGCCCCCAUCCUGAAGAUUACUUGCUCUGAUACAGAGUUUAUAGAGCGAUUUGUAUUAAUCUUGGCAGUGUUGACACUCCUGUUUACCUUGGUGUGUGUGAUUAUGUCCUACACUUACAUCAUCGGGACCAUUCUCAGAUUCCCUUCUGCCCAGCAAAGGAAAAAGGCUUUUUCCACUUGCUCUUCCCAUAUAAUUGUGGUUUCUAUCACUUAUGGAAGCUGCAUCUUUAUCUAUAUUAAACCAUCUGCAAAAGAAGGGGUAGCUAUUAACAAGGUGGUGUCAGUGCUUACCACUUCGGUUGCCCCAGUUAUGAAUCCCUUCAUUUACACGCUAAGGAAUAAGCAAGUAAUACAGGGUUUCAAAGACAUGAUCAAAAGAAUUGCAUCUAUCUCAAAGAACUAA